AUGUCGGUAUCCCUUUAUUCGGCCGAGGAGUCUAGUUCAAUGCCUAAGAGAGCCAAGAUAGGCGUCCCGUUAGUGUUAGGUUUUUCAGAUGAGGACAAAGUUGGAAUCAUACAGCCCAAUGAUGAUGCUCUAGUGGUUAUGCUGAGAAUUGAUGGGUAUGACGUGAAAAGGGUGAUAAUUGACCAAGGCAGCGCUGUUGACAUAAUGUACCCUAACUUGUAUAGGGGACUAAACUUGAAACCUAAAAACUUAAUAGCCUACAGUUCUCCUCUGGUGAGUUUUGAGGGCAAAAUGGUCAUCCCAAAAGGUCAGAUCAGAUUACCUGUACAGACCGGCACGGAUGUGGUGGAAGUGGACUUCAUCGUCGUAGAUGUUUUCUCUCCCUACACGGCCAUUAUGGGCAGACGCUGGCUUCAUACCCUGGGGGCCGUCUCCUCUACUCUUCACCAGAAGAUGAAGUACCCAUCCGGAGACCAGGUUUUAGAGAUAGUAAGAAAUCAAACUGCAGCCAGACAAUGCCUGGUAAUGGCUAUCCAACAUUGGCUUGAGGCGGAGACCUCAACCAUCGUUGAUAAUGGUUUAUAG